GGAGAGGAGGAGACAGGAGCGUGGGAGCACCAGGCUCAGGUCCCAGUGAAGGUGCUGAGGGCUCACAGCAGCGGCCUCACCUCUGUGCACUUCUGCUUCCAGGACAGCCACGUCCUCAGCAGCUCGGCUGACUCCACCUCCAUUCUCUGGGACAUCGAGCGCUGCGUUCCACUCAGGAUAUUUGAAGGAGGUCAUGCUGCCGCCAUCAGUGAAUGUGCUGUGAUUCCCAACAGCAACAAGAUGGUUACAGUCUCCUGGGAUAAGAAGAUGGUUGCCUGGGACAUGGAGACAGGACAGACCUUGUGGACAUCCAAACUGAGUGGCCUGCUGACCUCCUGUAGCGCGUCAUCUGACGGCCGUUUGGUAGUUUGUGCUGAAGAUCUGCAGAAUGGCGUCUACAUCAGUGAUGCAGCAAGCGGCCAGACACUCCAUCGCCUCACCAAUCAUCACGGGUCCACUAUCACGCGGUGCAGGUUUGAUCCUCAGAGCCAGCGUAUAGCCACAGUGUCUGCAGACAGGACCAUCAAACUGUGGGACCUGGUGGCCAAAAAAACAACCCUUUCCAUCAACAGUAACCAUAGCAAUGUCAUCUCCAACUGCUGCUUCACCAACAAUGGACACUUCCUAUGCACAGCAUCAUGGGAUAAAACCCUACAGCUCUGGGAUCUGCAGACAGGGACGUUUCGCUCCCAGGGGGGCAUUAGGCUCGAGAAAGGCCAUGAAGGAAGUGUCAGCUCCUGUGCCUUCUCCACUGAUGCAAAUCUCUUGGUGUCCAGCUCCUACGACAGGACUGUAACAGUCUGGGAUAUGUCCGCCCUCUGUGACGCUUACAGCCUGAAGGGCCACCUUGAUUGGGUGACUGAUGUGUCAAUCAGCGCUGACAAGAAGCGGGUUGCCUCUGCCUCCAAGGAUGGCACUGCCAGGUUAUGGAACACAGAGAACUUGGAGGAAAUCCCUGAGGUGCUUGAGAAGAGGAGAAGCUGGGGAAUGGGAAUUCACAUUGUCAAGUGUGAAGAGUGUGGAAACCCAUUGUCCCUGCCCAGGCCGGAGACUGCAGAGCUGCUGACCAAGUGUGUUUGGUGUCGACUGAAAUCACCGACCAGAUAG